CUUGGUCCCUGCUGAGGGGGACUUCGAGCCGGCCAGGCCGAGGGAACAAACCCAGGUCUUCGAACACCGAAAAUGCGCUUUAACCGCUCGCGCCCGCGCGCCGGCGCAGUGAGCCUCGCCGGAACCCUUUUUCCCGCUUCAGGAGAACCUUUCUGGCGCGGCGCGGCGCACUACUUCUUCGUCAUUUCCGCCUAGGGUGCAGGAGGCGGGAGAGUGAGGGAAAAUACUGGAAGACGAGCCUGCAGGAUGUUUCCUCGGUGAGGGCAAGGCGGUUGUACAAUGGCGGUGUUUGACACUCCUGAGGAGGCUUUUGGUGUCUUACGUCCAGUCUGUGUUCAGCUCACAAAGACCCAGACAGUGGAGAAUGUGGAGCAUCUGCAGACACAGUUACAAGCCAUAAGUGACACUGCCCUCCAGGAACUACAGCAGUACAUCCUCUUCCCCUUGCGAUUUGCCCUGAAGACCCCAGGGCCCAAAAGAGAGCGUCUGGUGCAGAGUGUGGUGGAAUGUCUCACCUUUGUCCUCUCUUCAACAUGUGUGAGAGAGCAGGAGCUUCUCCAGGAACUCUUCUCAGAACUUUCAGCCUGUCUGUACUCUCCCAGCUCCCAGAAACCAGCAGCUUUGUCAGAGGAGUUGAAAUUGGCUGUGAUCCAGGGACUUAGCACCUUAAUGCACUCAGCUUACAGGGACAUCAUUCUGACGUUUUAUGAGCCUUCCAUUCUGCCUCGUUUAGGAUUUGCUGUGUCUUUACUGUUGGGCUUGGCAGAGCAGGAGAAGUCAAAACAGAUUAAAAUUGCUGCCUUACAGUGUCUGCAGGUUCUCCUCCUUCAGUGUGAUUGUCAGGACCAUCCAAGGCCCUUGGAUGAACUGGAGCAGCAGCAGCUGGGGGAUUUGUUGGCAUCUUUCUUACCUGGAAUCUCAACUGCACUGACCAGAAUCAUCACAGGAGACUUUAAACAAGGUCACAGCAUUGUUGUGUCUUCUCUAAAGGUCUUUUACAAGACAGUGGGCUUUAUCAUGGCUGAUGAACAGCUCACAAGGAUUCCCAAGGCCCAAGCAAAACCUGUAGUUGAGCACAGAGUAGCAGCCCUGAUGAUUCACAGAGAAGCUAACUGGGUAAAAAGUACUUGUGACAAGCUGGCAAUCCUUAUUAAAAAGAUAAUUGACUGUGUCUCUGUUCACCCACACUGGAAGGUGAGGCUGGAACUGGUAGAGUUUGUGGAGGUCCUGCUUUUGAAGUGCACUCAGUCCCUGGUUGAAUCCACGGGUCCCCUCUUGAAGGUGUUAGUUGGCCUAGUGAAUGAUGAAAGUCCGGAAGUUCAGGCCCGGUGCAGUACAGUGCUGAGGCGCCUUGCAGAUCAGAAAGCAGUAGUGGGCAGCAGAGCCUUGGCUGACACCUUGUCAGAAAGCCUGCACUCACUGGCCACGUCUCUUCCCCGCCUGAUGAACACACAGGAUGAUCAGGGCAAAUUCUCUACCCUUUCCCUGUUACUCGGGUAUCUGAAACUGUUGGGCCCCAAAGUUCAUGUGAUUCUCAAUUCUAUGGUCCAUGUGCAACGCCUUUCCAGGGCCCUCAUCCAAGUAUUGGAGCUAGAGGUGACCGAUGUCAAGAUGGUGGAAGAGCGAUGUUGGAACUCUGACAACCUGAGUGCUUCUGCAGAGGCCUCGGCUGCACGGCCAUGGAGCAGAGUCCAGAGGCGAUACUUCCGAUGCUUCACUGAUGAGAGGGUCUUCCUGCUCCUUCGGAAGAUCUGUCAGCUUCUGGGUUAUUAUGGGGACCUGUAUUUGCUUGUGGAUCACUUUAUGGAACUGUACCAUACAUCUGUAGUUUAUCGGAAACAAGCUGCCAUGAUCCUUAAUGAACUGGUUGUAGGGGCUGCUGGACUGGAUGUAGAAGAUAUUCAUAACAAAUGUACAAGCACGAGCCCAGAGGAAUUGAGAGAGAUUGUGAAAUCUAUACUAGAGGAAUACACAAGCCAAGAAAACUGGUACUUGAUUACCUGUUUUGAAGCUGAGGAGGGGGAGGAGGUGAUGAUGAAGCAGCAAGGCUUCCAGGCUGUCACAUCUGGUGUCCACACCUGCCAAGUUGUAUCUUUUCCAGCCCUGUCAAAGCCGAGUCCCACUAUCUGCUCCAUGAACAGUAACAUCUGGCAGAUAUGCAUUCAGUUGGAAGGGAUUGGCCAGUUUGCUUAUGCAUUAGGAAAAGACUUUCGUUUGCUUUUGAUGUCAGCUCUCUAUCCAGUACUGGAGAAGGCGGGAGACCAAACCUUGCUCAUUAGUCAAGUGGCUACUAGCACCAUGGUAGAUAUUUACCACGCUUGUGGCUACAACUCUGUACAACACCUGAUCAAUCAAAAUUCAGACUAUUUGGUGAAUGGAAUCUCUUUAAAUCUGCGUCACCUCGCUCUGCACCCUCAUACCCCCAAAGUCCUAGAAGUCAUGCUUCGGAACUCAGAUGCUGGCCUACUUCCUUUGGUAGCAGAUGUGGUUCAGGAUGUCUUGGCCACCCUGGACCAAUUUUAUGAUAAGAGAGCUGCUUCCUUUGUCAGCGUUCUGCAUGCUCUGCUGGCAGCAUUAGCACACUGGUUCCCAGACUCGGGUUCUACUGGGCAACUCCAACAGCGUAGUUUAGAAGAGAAGGGGAGGCAACUGGCAGCAGCUAGUGAGGCUAGCACCACAGCCGAGGACAUCGAACAAUUUGUGCUGAGCUACCUCCAAGAGAAGGAUGUGGCCGAGGGGAAUGUUUCUGACCUUGAAGCUGAAGAAGUUCUUUCAGAGGCACAGUCAGCCCCUCCCAAAGUGGAUGAGAAUGACACCCUUCCAGAUGUGGAACCACCACUGCCAAUGCACAUCCAGAUAGCCAAGGACGUGAUGGAGCGCUGCAUCCACUUGUUAGCAGAUAAAAAUCUGAAAAUCCGCCUGAAGGUCUUGGAUGUGCUGGGUUUGUGUGUGGAGGUUCUUCAGACCCACAAGAACCAGCUCCUUCCCCUAGCUCAUCGGGCCUGGCCUUCACUCGUGCACCGACUCACAAGUGAUGACCCCUUGGCAGUGCUCAGAGCCUUCAAGGUUUUACAGACACUUGGAAGCAGAUGUGGCGAUUUUCUCCGGAGCCGGUUCUGCAAAGAUGUCCUGCCAAAAUUGGCCAGCUCCUUAAUCACCCAGGCCCCCAUCAGUGCCAGAGCUGGACCAGUUUAUUCUCACACACUGGCCUUCAAGCUACAGCUGGCUGUCUUGCAGGGCCUGGGCCCCCUCUGUGAAAGUCUGGACUUGGGGGAGGGUGACCUGAAUAAAGUGGCUGAUGCCUGCUUGAUUUACCUCAGCACCAAACAGCCCGUGAAAUUACAAGAGGCCGCCAGGAGGAACAGGAAAUACUGCAUGUGGCCUCGGAGUGUGCCAGCAAGUGCCCAGAUCAGCUUUGAAGCCAGUGGACAGCAGCGGUGUCAUGGGACCUUAGCCUGGAGUGGAAGAGCCAUCCAGAUGGAAGGGGCUGCAUUUAAAACCCACCCAGUAGGACUUAAACCCUGCCUGGUUCUGGCUUCCUUUUGAAUUGUCUCUAACAGAUUGGGCCUCUCCAUGUCAGGCCCUUUUAAAUAUGCAUGAAGCAUUCUACUGCAUUUACGAUACUCUGUCUUGUGAUAUUUUAGGGGUAUGAUUAGCAUCGUACGCUGCUACUAGUGUUUAUGGUUUUAAGUCCUGUCCUCGCUGCAUUUAAAUAUUUUUAAUAGGAGUCUCUGAGUGUGCAUGUUGGAGGUCAAUCGAUGGAUGAAUGGUUUUGAACAGGUAAAUAUAGUUAGGUCUAACAAGUAAGUGUAGCUGCAAAGGUAGCAUGUAUUUGGAGAGUAAAUUGUUGCUUCCAGUCAUACUCCCCCAUUCCUAGCAUUUAGAAACAAAAAACAAAAAACAAAAAAAAAAAACCAAACAAACAAAAAAACAACCUUGGUGCAGUGGAAGAUAGCAAAAUUGAAUAGCAGGAAAGGACAGGCUUGAAAUACUGGUUAACCAAUGAACCAAGACCUAUUAGAGUAAAUUACUGAGUAUGGGAACAUAGCCCCAUUGCUGGCUGGCUGGGACAAUUCGAUGCCUUGGCAUCCAUUUGUUUAAAAGGCAGCGCACAGCCUCAUUUGCAGUAUUGGCAUGCUCGGAGUAAUGGAAGAAGAGAUGGCCAGAGAAAGAGGAGUACAGAGGCUGUUCUGCCAGAGAGGGGCCAGCAAGCAUGUAGUAAGUAGGUUUGCUUUUUGUGCAGGCCCAUGUGGAAAGAGUAUGUAACAUGCUACUAAGGAGAUAUCCCAAAGCCACUUCCUUAGACAUCUCAAAUAAACAGACAAACAGAUCACAGAGCCACAAGUUCUUUACCUCUGACAUUUGCCCUGACAACUCCUGAGAGCAUUUUAUAGAUCCAGAAAAAGAAAAGGAACAUCAGAUCCUUCAAGCAAUUAAUUGACAAGAGAAAGAAUAGCCUGUCACUAAGAGAGCUGGGACCCCUGCACUUCCGGUACAGUUUAGUUAGCUAUGCUGGACCCUGAUUGGCUGACGGUUUUCUGGAGUCUAAUUUAAGCAGAUGUUGUCUAGACAGAUGCUGAAGACUUGCUCUACUGCUGUGGCCAGGUAUUUCUUUUAGGUUUGCUACUGCGGAUGGGGCUAGAUAAUCAAGUACUCAUGCUGUAGAUCUGUGGUGGCCUGCAAAAGCCAGGCAGCAUGUUACAACUGUCCGUCUGCCCCUGGAGUCACCAUUGGCCAUGUGCUCUCCUUAGGAACCCAUCCCUGGCUGCAUCCACAGAGGGCCUCUGGGAUGGCCUAGCCGUACUCCACCUUAAUGAGUCUGCCUUACCCAACAGAUGAGACCCUGAAACCACAGCCUUCCUCUGCCACCUUUGCAGCAUCCCAGAGACCUAGCACAGUGUCUGGGCUGAUGGGAUACUUGCAAAUGUCUCAGCCACAAAGAUAGGCCCUGCCAUUCACACACUUCCUGCCUCCCCAGGCCACCACACCCUGGGUGGCUCACUGGAGUACCACAGUGCUGAUCCUGAAGGGAUGCUUUUCUUCUGUUGGUUUGGCCUCUGGAGUUCAUUAGGUACUUACUGAGACCGUCAACUGUAGAUAGGGCUGGAGUGCAGGGAAAUGGCUGCCUGCAUGAAGUAAAAUUCAAUAAAACCGCAUUUUAAGUGAAAAAUCAGUAUAAACACCGGGCUUCUUUGCCAUGGAAACAGAGGUUGCUUAGAAACUGCCUAACGGCGAGUUCUAAAUUUUUUAAAGUCAAGUUAUCA